AUGAAACAAAAGCUCUUCAGUCAUGUUACCAGUCGAAUGGGAUGUCCAAGCAACUCGUCACACUUUGGCAACUUCUGUAACACUGUACAAGUUCAAAUCCUGUGUCCGGGCACAUUUGAUGAUAUCCACACCUACAGGAAACGAAGAUCAGCACAUAAAGAUAGUGACGAUCAGAAACUGCCUGUUGUCAUAUCCAUACAUAUGAAUUUUAGUUCCACAGUUCCUGACGUUUUGAUAGUCCACCGGGUGAAAUCAGCAGGUCUACAACUGUUGCAUUUAUUGAACACCAGCUUUUCCAUUGUGUUAGACAGUGGUCAAGCCAUGUCAUCACUGGAAGGAGCCAAGUUUGAGGGGGAAUCAUUCAUCUGUGAAUCUGGCUUCUCAUUUGUCAAGGACAUGUGUGUUCUAUCAGAGAUUGAGUCGAGCCUUUCCUUCAAGCCAAACGUUCAACUGACGCCAGUGCAGAUCACCACCAGCUCAGUCAUAUUAGAGUGGCCUCAGCUUGGCGAUGACUUUAAAAAGCUAAUCACUGGAAUUCUGAUCGAACACAGGAAGGUGGGAGAUGUUCAAUGGUUUCUCAGCAGUAUGCUGGAUUCUACAGUAACAUCAUUUACCUUGACAUCAUUGGCUUCUGACUCAGAAUUCUCUGCUCAGCUGGUAGCAUUCACGACAUGGCCUGGGAAGAGGAGGUGGAAGAUUGGAGAGACAUAUUUCAAGACGACACCUGCUUCUGCCCAAGCAUCACCAAAGGUUUCACUGACUGAUGUAGCAGUGGGGGAAACAACCGCAGCCUUCUUCUGGGAUCACCUUGCUGUCCAGUAUCAGCCGAUUUCAGUGACUAUCUUGUACAAACAAUCACACCAAGACAGUUACCAGACAAUGACACACGAGUUGACAGCCAGCAAAACACACGCUGAGCUCCAAAAUCUAGAUCCACAUACAACCUAUACGGCACAGCUGGUAUUGUUGCUUUCAUCAGAUACAGAGAUGAGAUUCCACCCUGUACACUUUGUAACCUUGGAUUCACGGGGCAGUUCAGCAGAAUUACUGGUUGGUAUUGUCACGGCGUGUGCGGUGACUGCUGUGACAAGUGUUAUUUUAACACUGUUCUGUAUCAUCUGGUGGCAGCGAAGAAGCAGGGGAAAGAAUACUGGAUUUGAAAAUAAGACUUUUGGGAUUCAGCUUGAAAACAACAAUAUGGAGGCCAGCACAGGACCUGGAUCGAACCCUGCAGUCAACUAA